CCGCUGUCGGUUUUUGAAACAGCGAUUGACUUUUGUGAGUGCCGGUAGUUUUUGAAAACCAAAUAUCCACUUAGUUUACAUUAUAAAAUAUACUAUAAUAUAUAAUAGUAGUGACAAGUGCGGUAUCUAGUUCACGAGCAUCCUUUUGUUCAUCUGCGUAUCGGCUCUGCCUGCCCCCCACACAGAGGCGCAACAGUUUGUUCUCGCAGGGCGCAGAGCGAGUGAAGAAUAUAUAUGGAAAUGAUAUCCGUGUGUUAUUGAAGAUUGAAGAGUUAAACAAGAAGCUGAGUUUGUUAUUGGAAAGUACAUACAAGCACAGUCACGCUAACACGGAUAGAUAGAUACGCUAUACGCUAUACCUACACGCGCCCCACAGCCAAGUGAACAAAUCCCCAACAAAUCUUAAACCAGUUUCAAGAUACAUAUUCUUGGUGUCAGUGUGUGCAUGUUGAUUUUUUCUGGCAUUGUUUUCGUUUGGUGUUUUGUGGCUCUGCAUCUUUUUUGUGUACCUUUUCGCCUGUUUCUGUUGUUCGGUUUCCCCCUAAUCGCGUUUCAAUUUUCUGGCUGCCCCUGCCCCCACCGCCGCCCCUGCCACAGUCGCUGCUGUUGGCUCUCGUCCAGGUCGGGGUCCAGCAAGAGCAACAAGUACCCGGGGGCUCUCAACUCGCGUCUCGCGUCCCGAACAUACGAAAAGACAAGCCAACAGCAACAGCUCAGCCUCUAACGUACUGUGCCCCCCCCAAUCGGUCCAAUUUGAAUGCGGUCCAAUUCAAAGCAGCUCGAGAACCGGAGUAUCUCGCACGAACAUUUCUGAAAGAUCACCCACCCAAGACCUUCGAACCAUGUAACGACAACUCGAACGAUUCGACAAACAUCAGAGGCCACAGAGAUCCCACGAGAGGUCUCGUUGUAGUACCCAAUACUGUUUCAACUUCAAGAAGUCUCCUCCCUAAGCGAAAUCAGCAUGUCUUCCGGCCUGAUGUCGUGUGUGAGGGAAAACUCGCCGCCGCUGGAGCUCGAGUUGGAUGCGAGUGCCGAUGGUCCAUUGUCACUGCCGGAGGGCAACGUCAGCAGGUCACAUGGGGGGCCCGCCACCUCCACGCCCAUCUCCAGCCCCGGAAACGGUGGCCACGAGCCCGCAAAUGCCGAGCAACAACUGCAGCAGCAGCAGAAGCGUCGGCGUUUCCAUCCGCUGCGUAAUCUGCGCCGCAUCUUUCGGCGUCGCACCAUCAACAGCUCUGCGGACAGCCCGUCCCCAGCACCCGGACCCGGACCCGUACCCGUACCCGGACCUGGACCUGGCUCCUGCAACACCUUGCCGCCACCGGCCAGCAGCUCCAGCGAGAAGAAUCUGCGCAGUGUUAGCGCGUCACCCGCCUCCUCGGCCGCCGCCUCCUCGCCGGGCUCCCCGCUGAACCAGCAGUCGCUGGGCGAGAGCUACCAGACGCAGUCGCUGCCCAAGUCCAAGUCCUACGGCUCGCACCGCGAUGAGCUGCUGAGCGUGCUCCUGGGCAAGAAAAAGGCCAGCAAACAGGCGCAGCACAACUCCGAACAGCAACAGCAGCAACAGCAACAGCAGCAACAGCAGCAGCAUUUCCCGGCAGACGCCAUGUACCAGACACAGCGCCAGCGCCAGCUGGGCGUGGCCGUCUUCCCCGAGACGCGCAGCCUGAGCCGCAGCAGCUACUUCUCGGAGCAGCGGCACCAGCAGCGACACCUGCGCAGCGUCGGCGACUCCACGCAGGAACUGGGCGUGGAGCGGGAGGGCAACGCUAGCACGGGGGGCGGCGAUGGGGCCGCCGACAUCUCCGACAGCCAGCGCAGUCUCAGCGAGGGCCGUCUCCUGGACGUCGACGGGGACUUCUCUCGUGAGACUCUUUCGCAGUCACACGACAGCGUCUUCUCCGAAUCGGCGACGGCCAGCAGCCUAUCGAUUGUCCUGAAGGCGGAGCUCACAGACGUCCUACGCAAGCGACGCAAUCGACCCGAUGCCUCCGACGAGGAUCUGGGCCUGCCCCGCAGUCCGGCAUCGCCGCAGAGACGGGUGGCCGGAGGCCAGAGCCGCAGUGCCGCGGCGGGUCACAGUCAGACCCGUGGACACAGCCAGAGCGAGGUGUCCUCGCUGAGUCUGCAGAGCGUGACCAGCGCCGAGGAAACGGAGGACAGCCAGCAGAGCCAGACCCAGACCCAGACCCAGAGCCAGAGCCACAGGUACCACUCGCGGGUGUCGACCAGCUCCUCCGUCUCGAUGGGCUCUGACAUACUGCGCCCGCACCCCGAGGACGAGGUGGAUGCGGUCGGCACGGAGCGCCACCGGCUGUCCCACGCUGCGGCCAAGCACAAGAUGGCCAUCAGGCCGGCCAAGAAGAAGGGACCCAGCCGACAGCACCGCAGGACAUUGGAGUCCUCCAUACCAGAAGCCAACGAGGAUAUGCAGAAGACAUGUCCGGGCCUAAAAGCAGUCCGUGAUGUUGACCUCAAGAACAGGACACGCUCUCUACCACCCAAGACGACCGCUGCCAUCAAUCCCAGCCCCAGCCCCAGCAACACGACGGCCCCCAACUCCAGCUCGACCUCCAUCACGACGAAGCGAACCAAGACAAUCGAACAGGCGACACGAACGACCAGUCAGGUGACGAGCACGUCUUCCACCACGGCGCAGAUCUUCGGACUGCGAGCCCCCACCACCAAAUCCACCACCACCAGCACCGCCAAGGUGACCAAGGCAAACACAGUGCUCGAGAGCAGGGGCGAGUCGUCCACUGAUGGGGACAAUGCCCUGGCCGCCAUAGAGAGCACUGAGAGCGGACUCCUGCGGCGGCUUAUCCACAGGAACUCGAAGCGCAGCAUUGCCAGGGCCAACGAUGGCCUCGAGGACACCGACUCCAGCCAGAGCGUGGCCAAGAAGCUCCAGAUAUCGAACUCCUGUCUGGAGACGGGCUUUCGAGAGCCAUUUCUGAUACCGGACAAGUCGCGACAGCAGCACGUGCAGGAGACCCGCCAGAUGAUUAAGCGUGAGAUCCACAUCGAGGCCAGCCACGGCCGCAACGCCAUAGUCGGCAACUUGGGGGCAGGGAUCACUACCCAGCCGCAGAUGGCGCCCAAGCCCAAGUCGGGACCUGCUGCACGCCAACGCUACAUCCCCCAGGAACUUGGCUCCAACUCGCCCGCCGCCAUCCCGAACAGCAGUGCCUCAAACGACAUCACCAACCUGCUCUCCAAGAGCACCCGGGGCAACGACACGUUCCAAUCUACAACCCUGGUCCGCGAGCAACAGGUCAAGGCCGAGACCACCUCCCACUUCGAGCGUAAGCCACGGAUCGUGGGGCUCAGCGCCUUCCAGCAGAAGCUGUGCCGCUCCAGCGACUCGGUGGGCCAGAACUCGAGCUCCUCCAACUCGCUGGAGACCAGCACGGACGAGCCCUCGCCGCUCUACUACGAGGAGAAGCAACGCAAGACGGUCGAGAAGUCGCGCAGCUUCCGCAACUACCAGGAAGAGCGGGAAGCCGUCGUUGACUCGACCGUCGUGCACAACCACAUGCCCAGUCUGCCCGACCUCUCGAUCAGCUUCCGCCUGCCCUCCUACUACAAGCAGAGCUCUCCCCGCUCUCCGCCACAGUCCCCGCGCUCGCCGCUCUCGCCGAACACCAAGUGCGUGUCCCUGGGAUUCGAGAUCAACGACAACAAGCUGCUGCAGGGGCGCGCGGAGUCUACGGGCCAGCUGCCGGCGCUGGCGAAGAGCUCACCGCAACGGAGCAACAAGCUCCUGGUACAGUCCAGUCCCGGCCCAGCCAACAUCUCCCAGAUAGAGCAGAACAUCGACAUGAUCGUAAAGUCGCCGCUGGUGAGUGUCCUGCGCAAAUCGGCCACAGUCAGCGAAGAGCUGACCGUGGAGCAGGCCACGCCAGCAGCCAAACUGCAGCCGGAGCGUCCAAAGCUACUGGACCUCGGAAGGAAGACAAUAACCAGCACGGCCAUCUGCACUCCCAGCCCGGCCAGCCCCCUGACCAAGAGUGCCAAGCUCUCACACAGCCCUCCCGCAACUCCGGCUAAGAACAACAACAACAACAACAACAACAACAACAGCGGCGGAAGCAGCCGCCGCAACUCCAGCAAUGUGGAGACUCCAGUCGAGCCGGAGUUCAUGAAGAUCCAGCUGAACCGCGUGGAUCAGGCGAGCCUGCACAAGAAGUGUAACCACCUGGUGCUGUCCAAGAACCUGAAAUCCCCCACCGAGCGAAGCCAGAGCAGCGAUGACCUCAGCCUGCGGCGGAGCAGUGGGGCAGGGGGGGAGGUUGUUGAGCACACAGAGAUGCCGCUGGGUCCUAGCACUGUUCCACUUAACCUUAACCUUAGGCAGGCCCUGGAGCCGAAUCUGGGCAGGCAGCCGCGUUCUGUAAGCGCGACCAGCGUGCGGACGAGCUUUGGCAGCAGCAGCGGCAGCAGCGAGACACUCUCAUCCGCGAACACGCCUGUGACGACACCCAUUACACCAAAGAGCAACGGUCUCCCCAUCCCUAUCGCCACCCCCAAGCUGGAGGCAGCCCCGAGGGAGCAGCAUGUCAUACAGAAGGAGAACAAGGUAAACCGCCUUUCGCUGGAGGAUCGCAAGCGGCUCUUUCUCAACGAGGAGCGGAAGGAGCGCAUUGCGGCGGAGCAGCGAAAGCAAUCAAUCAGCAAGGCGGAGAUGCCACCAGCUGUGGGUGCUCCAGCUCCUGCCACUCCACCAAAGACACCGGAGCUGACCGAGGUCAAUGGCAAUACCAAUCCCGUGGUGCUGCGCAAGAAAUCCUUUGCCAGCUGCAAUGGCAACGCCUCUCCGAGCAAGGACGACCCCACGCCGGAACUGAUGAAAGUGUUUGCCCGCCGCUCGCUGAAGGUGAAGGACGAGGAGGUGGUAGCCCCUGCCCAGCCAACACCUAAGAAGAUGUCAACACCCAUCGGGAGCCAGAGUGUGGACAGUGAUAAGGAGAACCAGUCCAACAGCGAGGAGAAGCUGGACAAACUGUCACCCAAGUACGAGGCGCAGGUUAGCAGUGAGUUUACCAAGACAUCCUCCCAACAUCCCACCAGCAACCGGAACUCGGUUGCCGACUUCCGCAAUCUCAACAGCAGCAACAACCACAACAACAAUAACCACAACAGCAGCCACAUCAGCAGUAGCCUGCAGAAAGCGACCAAUACACAGCAGAAGGUGGUAAGCUACCUGCCCCCCAUCAAGGUCAGCAAUGGAGUCCGGAACAACCUGAGCAACAGCAACAAUGGAGGCGCCAAGCCUGCGAACGAGCGCUUGUCGCUGCAACUGAAACAGGCCCCAUCACCAGCACCAGCUCCGACGGUACAGGCAGCUCCACCCACCACCACUGCCUCCGCUGCAGGAGCAGGAGUUCAAGCCACAGGUGCCAUGUCCAUGUCCGGCAAGCCAAUCGAACGAUCGGCGACAGUGGGCGAAUUCAAGGGCAUCCAUCAGCGCCGGGCCGAGUGGGAGCAGCGGGCCAAGGAGGCCCUCAAGUAGAUGCGAACGCUCUCAAUAGACUGGAAGGAAAAGAAUUCAACUAAAUGCGAAAAAUAGAAUAAUCAAAUUAUCACAACGCGUAUAACCAUAGCCUUAAAUUGUAAAAAGGAAUAGAACAGAUCCAAGUUGCGGGAGCCGACACUCGAUGGACGCAAGAGUCCAUUCAAAGAAACUGGUGGCGCACUCGAGUUCUGCUCCCGAAUCACAUUAGGAAAUAGCAACCAUAUAUCGAUCUUCAAAAAGUGACUAGCGUGUAUUUAUUUUUAGUUUCUCUGCAUGAACUUUAACGUGUCGUCAACUUUAAGGCCUAAUCACUCUUACAGAUUAGCAGGGAGCAUACGAGUAUGAUAUUCGAAUUAACUAAAGCUAGUUUUGGAUCGGUCGAACUGAAGGAUUAUACAUUUUACAUAGAUUAGCUAUUAUUUUGCAAUACGUACAUAUAAUUUCUCCGCUAUUAUUGUUUCCGUAACAGUCCUGAUAUGUCGGAUCCUUAAUGUCAGCUGCGAUUUCAGAAUUUUUCAAAUAAGAAUACAUAACCUUUCUUUAUAGGCAUACCAGUAAAUAUAUACCUACAUAUUAUAAAUGUACAUACAAUAAUACCGACCUAAUAAAUAUCCAAGGAUGCAAGAAUUUGACUUUUAAA